AUGCGCGGUGUUGACCGUCAUACGUGGUGGGAGCAAGAAUGUCUCAAGCGCAGCCCAGAUGACUUUGACUUGUACAUCUACAACGACUUUGGUGGCUACGGUGCAAUGGAGGUAUUGGAGAACAUCUUCAACCUUGUCUUCAAGCCAAAGUCCAUCUAUCGCGAUUACUGGCCUGAAGUCGAAGGACUUGCCAUGAUUCUUCGCGGUGGCCUGCUCGAAUACGUCAUGCUUAAUGAUGGUGCAAGAGUCCAAGUGACUUGCGAGGUUGUGGGCGCCCUCAUCCUCGCUACCAUCGAGGUCUUGAAGAAGGAAGACGUCUUCAAGCCCGACUCAGAGAUCCACAAUCUCGGCCUUGUUCUCUUCAUGUUUAUCCGAUGGGGUCGUGAGCAGUCGGACUAUGGCGUCGACGAAGAAAAUUGGUCUUGGAUCUACAAGAUCAUUGACCUCGCCGAGGAAGCUGGCAUCAAACUUACCGCACCGCAUAACUUCGAGAAGGAACGAGAGGAUAUCAAAGAUCAUCGAGAGGAAUGGGCUCAGUGGAUGGGCAAGUGGAACAACGUGAAAUGGAACUAUAGACUCUGA